CACCUCACUCGUGCUGCACAAUUAAUUCCGCGACGACGACCGGACCGUCUCGGGGCCGCUUCGAGGACAUCGACGACGCUGCGGGAUUCCGAGCGAGGGGAGCUGUGCAUUGAGGUUCCGUCACCCAAAAUCACGAAUCGACAGACGCGACCAUGAGCACCGUUCCCAGCACGAAAGGCAUCGCUUCUGGCCCCAAUGCCAGCCAGACGCCCACAGCCUCCGAGACGAAGAAGGAGAAGCCCUCGCCCCUUCGAUCAAUCAUCGCAGGAUCAACAGCAGGCGCAGUCGAAAUCGCCAUCACAUACCCCGCCGAAUUCGCCAAAACAAGAACGCAACUGAACUCACGACUUGCUCCUGGCCAAAAAGUUGCCUUCCCUCCCUUCGGGCCCCAAUGGUAUGCAGGAUGCACGACUCUCAUCAUUGGAAACAGCAUCAAAGCCGGAGUACGAUUUGUGGCAUUCGAUCAAUAUAAGAGCAUGUUGAGCAGUCCUGAUGGGACAAUAUCUGGGCCCAUGACUGUUGUUUCUGGUUUCUUAGCAGGAGCCACAGAGUCUCUGUUAGCCGUCACACCGUUUGAGAGCAUAAAGACACAAUUGAUCGAUGAUCGAAAACGAGAGAAGCCGCGGAUGCGAGGUUUUCUACAUGGUUCGGGCAUGAUCUUCAGAGAGCAGGGCGUGAGAGGGUUCUUCAAGGGCUUCGUGCCCACCACUGCGCGACAGGCUGCCAAUAGUGCUGUCCGCUUCUCAUCAUACACCUCGUUGAAACAACUCGCGCAAUCUUAUGUCGCGCCAGGAGAAAAGCUCGGGACAAUAUCGACAUUCGGAAUUGGUGCUGUCGCGGGGACGAUCACGGUGUAUGCGACACAGCCGAUUGACACUGUGAAGACGAGAAUGCAGAGCAUUGACUCCAGGGGGCAAUACAAGAACAGUAUAGAUUGUGCUGUCAAGAUUUUCAGACAAGAGGGCUUCUUCAAGCUGUGGUCCGGAGCAGUGCCGAGACUGGGGAGGUUAAUGUUCAGCGGUGGAAUUGUGUUUGCCAUGUAUGAGAAGACUAUGGACCUUCUGGAGACACUGGACCCGGAUAAGAAGUACAUUUAGCAUGACAUUUUUGACACAGCGAACAAUGCAGGAAGCUUCGACUUUCACGGGAACGAUCUCGAAGAGUGUGCUUGGGAACAGUAUGCGAAUGCGCAGGCGCUACACAAAAUGCGAUCACCCGCACUGUGCACUCGAUGUGGUGAGGCAAGGCCUCGUGUCCCAAAGAUACCUCAAGAUAAGGACGCAGAUUAACACUGUGGAGGAUAUGCCCAUGAGCACAAGACCUUCCGUCAGUGGUUCGGAAUCGUUGCAGCUUCAGCACAUGAUCAAUAAAUCUAGAGCUGAAAAGAUGACAACCUGAGACACUAUCCCACACGUUCUCAAUAGCCAUUCCUCAAGCGGGCCGCCCGUUUCGCGAACACUGUACUCGGAAUACACUGGCCGCUUGGAGCGAUAAGUAGCUGGUUACAUUUUUGUCCGCCGAGCGACCACUUUUUAAUAUAAAUUAACGGCACGUUGCAGGCUAAAAGCUUGGCGAACUAGAACAUACCCACAAUGACCAGCUUCCACGAGCAAACGCGCCAUCCAUC